AUGGCCGAUACUGCGGUCUUGCCGCGUGCUACGGAACCAGCACUGGGUAAUGGCCCAGCUGCACUGAAGUUGGCGCUACACGACACCACCGAAGUCCCGUCCUCUAUUUCGCAUAACUCAACCGAGCACGACUCCAAAUCACACCAAGAGGUCUCGAGCUUUGAAAUCAAAGGCAUCAAUCAACCAGACAAAUUGGCCCGAGACUUGGCGGCAAAGCUUCCGCUCAAGGAACAAGUCUCCCUCUUGGCAGGAUCUGAUUUUUGGCGCACUGUUGCCCUGCCCCACCGAGGCGUACCGUCAAUCAAGACUACAGAUGGCCCCAACGGUGCUCGAGGACAGUGGUUCAAGAAUGGAACUCCGGCUGCCUUGUUUCCAUGCGGCAUCUCUCUUGCCGCUACCUGGAACCUGGAUUUGCUGGAAGAGGUGGGGAAGCACCUCGGCGACGAGACCAAAGCCCGAGGCGCCGAUGUCCUGCUGGCUCCCACUGUGUGCUUGCACAGGUCACCGCUUGGAGGCCGGAACUUCGAAUCCUUCUCUGAGGACCCAUUCCUGACGGGAAAGCUUGCUGCCGCCUAUAUCCGCGGUCUGCAGAGUAAGAAGGUCGCGGCCACCAUAAAGCAUUUCGUCGGCAAUGAACAGGAGACGCUGCGCAUGACAAUUGAUUCCAUCGUUGCCGAGAGACCUCUGAGAGAACUUUACCUGAAGCCUUUCGAGAUCGCCAUCCGGGAAGCGUCACCCUGGUCCCUAAUGAGCUCCUACAAUCUUGUCAACGGGGUUCAUGCCGACAUGCAUCCACGUACUCUGAAGAAAAUCCUUCGUGACGAGUGGAAUUACGACGGAAUGGUCAUGUCCGAUUGGACGGGUACCAACUCCGUUGCGGAGGCCAUUGCGGCGGGUUGCGCCUUGGAAAUGCCUGGCCCAACGAAGUGGCGUGGCGAGAAGGCGGUGCGCGCGGUGGAGAAGGGUGAACUGGCUGCCGAAGACGUUGAGCGGGCUGCCGGGGACGUGCUCUAUCUCAUCCAGAGAACGAAGGGUUUCAACAAUGACGCCCCGGAACCAGAAGAACGGGCGAACGACAAUGCCGCUACCCGGCAGGUGAUACGUCAGGCGGGCACUGAGGGUCUGACGUUGCUGAAGAACGAACGUAACAUUCUCCCCAUCGGACCUGUGAAAAAGAUUGCAGUUAUUGGGCCGAACGCGAAGCGCGCAAUUGCCGGAGGUGGCGGCAGUGCAAGCCUCAACCCUUAUUACACGACGACGCCAUUCGACGGACUUGCUAACCAGUUUGACGGAGAGUUAAUCUAUUCUCGUGGCUGCGAUACGGCCAAAUGGCUCCCGCUCGCAUCCCCGUUCUGCACCACACAGGAUGGAAAGCCGGGUGUUACACUCGAAUACUAUUGCCAUGACCGCUUCGAAGGAGUUCCGGCCUCGGUGCAGCACAAGUCCAAUACCGACCUGUUCCUAUGGGAUUCAGCGCCAAAAACGGUCUUGCCGGCGUACUCGUUCAAGGUCAAGACGGCCCUGAUUCCAAAGACGUCGGGUUCCCACACCUUCAGUUUCUCCAGUGUCGGACCGGGGAGACUAUUUUUGAACGGCGAGCUAUUCAUCGACAACUGGGAUUGGGUAGAAGAGGGUGAGGCUAUGUUCGAGGCUUCCGAGGAUGUCCUCAAGUCUGUGUACCUGGAGGCCGGCAAACCUGUCCAGAUCCUUGUUGAGAGCACUAAUGAAGUGCGGCCGGCCUCAAAGAUUACUCACGGCAAGCCAACACACGCCUACGGCGGGUGCCGCAUUGGGUAUGAAGAGGAAUCAGGAGUCGACCUCCUCCAAGAGGCGGUGGAUGCGGCAAAAGAAGCCGAUGCCGCGGUCGUCUUUGUUGGUCUGGACGCAGAAUGGGAGUCGGAGGGCUAUGAUCGUCAGACGAUGGAUCUGCCUAAACAUGGAAGCCAAGAUCGCCUUGUCGAAGCCGUACUUGCAGCAAAUCCAAGCACGAUCGUCGUCAACCAGUCGGGUACGCCAGUCACCAUGCCAUGGGCCGACAAGGUACCUGCGAUUCUCCAGGCGUGGUACCAGGGGCAGGAAGCUGGCAAUGCUCUUGCAGACGUUCUCUUGGGCCGCUUGAGCCCUGGAGGCAAGCUCCCCACGACCUUCCCUAAACGGCUGUCAGACAACCCGGCGUACCACAAUUGGCCAGGCGAGAACGCCAAAGUUGUCUACGGUGAGGGUAUCUUCAUCGGAUAUCGGCACUACGAGCGCUCCGGCAUCGAGCCGUUGUUCCCUUUCGGCCACGGUCUAUCCUACACGACUUUCUCGUACGGCAGCGCAGCCAUCAGUGACCGGACGCUUGAACAGGACGGAUCCGUGAAGGUCACCGUGCCGGUUACGAACACGGGCAGCGUUGCAGCAGCCGAAGUCGUGCAGGGCUAUAUAAAGGACGUUAGGUCAAGACUGCCGCGCCCGGAGAAGGAGUUGCAGGCGUUCGGCAAGGCGUUUCUUCAGCCCGGAGAGACGAAGAACGUGGAGCUCGUGUUCGACAAGCACUCGGUCGGGUACUACGACACUUCUUUGGGAUCGUACAUUGCCGAGGAGGGCCGUUUUGAGGUUCUCGUUGGGUCCUCGUCUGCAGACAUCCGGUGUUCAACUUCGUUCGAUGUGCUUGAGUCGUUCACUUGGGUGUUCUGA